AUGAUUGCACCACUACCUUGCACAGCCAUUUCUGCUGCUCUAUUCGGAACAUACCCCUUAAUGGCACUGGCAUCUUAUUUAUUUUGGAACAUGUUUGCCUCAAGUGCAGCUAUGGACUCUAAACCAAACAUACUUCUGUUUCUGGCUGAUGAUCUCGGCAUUGGAGAUAUAGGUUGUUAUGGAAACAAUACCAUAAGGACCCCAAACAUUGACCGCCUGGCAAGAGAAGGGGUGAAACUCACUCAGCACAUCGCUGCGGCUUCUCUUUGCACUCCAAGCAGAGCAGCCUUCCUCACUGGCAGAUAUCCCAUCAGAUCAGGGAUGGCUUCCAGCAACAGAUACCGGGCACUGCAGUGGAUUGCUGGGUCAGGAGGGCUCCCUGCUAAUGAAACAACGUUUGCCAGGCUGCUUCAGCAACAAGGCUACACCACUGGACUGAUCGGGAAGUGGCAUCAAGGUGUGAAUUGUGAAUCCUUCAAUGAUCACUGUCACCAUCCUCUGAAUCAUGGGUUUGACUAUUUUUAUGGUAUGCCUUUGACACUUCGAAACGACUGUCAAGUAAACAAACCUCCAGGGCUGGGUGCUGCCCUUGAAGCCAAGCUUUGGCUUUACAGUCAGAUUGUUACCCUUGCUGUGCUCACUCUCACUGCUGGAAAACUGACUGGUUUGGUUUCCAUCCGCUGGAAGAUAAUUGCUUGUUUUACUUUGAUGGGUGGCCUUCUCUUAAUUUCUUGGUACUCCAGUUAUGGCUUUGUGCGGUAUUGGAACUGCCUCCUGAUGAGGAACCACGAUGUCACCGAGCAGCCGAUGCGCUUAGAGAGGACUGCUUCCCUCAUGCUGAGGGAGGCAGUGUCAUUUAUCAAAAGGAACAGGCAUGGACCAUUCCUCCUCUUCGUUUCCUUUUUACAUGUUCACACACCCCUCUUUACUACACCAGAAUUUCUUGGUAAGAGCCGUCAUGGUUUAUAUGGAGACAAUGUAGAAGAAAUGGACUGGAUGGUGGGCAAAAUUCUGGAUUCACUUGACAAAGAAGGUUUGAAAAAUCAUACAUUAACCUACUUUGCCUCUGAUCAUGGAGGACACUUGGAGGCUCAGGAUGGAUCUGCCCAGUUAGGUGGCUGGAAUGGUAUUUAUAAAGGUGGAAAAGGCAUGGGAGGCUGGGAAGGAGGAAUCCGUGUGCCAGGAGUAUUUAGGUGGCCAGGAGUGUUACCUGCAGGCACAGUUAUUGAUGAGCCUACAAGUCUUAUGGAUAUUUAUCCCACACUUAUUCAUUUGGCUGGAGGAAUAUUGCCACAGGACAGGGUGAUUGAUGGGCGAAAUCUGGUGCCUUUACUGCAAGGAAGAGCUCAGAAGUCAGAGCAUGAGUUCCUGUUUCACUACUGCGGGUCUUACCUGCAUGCAGUGCGGUGGCACCAAAAGGACAGUGGAGCCAUCUGGAAAGCUCAUUAUGUCACCCCUGUCUUUCAGCCCCCUGGGGCUGGGGCUUGUUAUGAUAGAGGAGUCUGCCCAUGUUUUGGGGAAGGUGUGACCCAUCAUGACCCUCCGUUGCUGUUUGAUCUCUCACGAGACCCUUCGGAAGCCAAACCUCUGUCGGCUGACACCGAGCCCCGCUUUGACAUGGUGAUAAAAAAGAUUGGAAGAGCCAUAGAAGAGCAUCACAGGACACUGACCCCUGUCCCAGAGCAGCUCUCCUUCUCCAAUGUGGUGUGGAAGCCGUGGCUGCAGCCGUGCUGUGGGACAUUCCCGUUCUGUUGGUGUGAUAAGGAAAAUGACAGCACGCAAAGUUUGUGA